AUGUCAUUGACAUCAUCCACGGUACCAGCGGAAACCACAGCACCUUCAGCUCCAACAACAACAAAUGAAAUGACACUUUCUUUCACACAAACUAUUGGAAUGCAACCAAUAAUAACAAGUGACAGCAGCCAUCAAGAAAGUGUAGAAAAUUUCAAUCAUGAUUCCGCCGAUAUCAGCAACAACACCAUUUCGCAUCAAGAAGUUAAUAUUGACAACAAUCAUGAUGUCUCUCAUCCGAAAAUUAUUAUUCGAGGCCUUGUCGAAAAUAAUUUCAUUUCACACAACAAUCAUGAAAUGGAUUCAUCAUUUCAUGAAGAUCCACUCAAAGAGUCCGUAGUUGUGUUCGAAAUGAAAAUGAAUGAAAAGAAUCAUGAGAAUGACCAAAAUCAUUCUUCACACGUUACUUCCAAAUAUGAAAAAUUUUUAAAAUUAAUUUCCAUUUUGAAUUUCUUGCUUUUUGGAAAUCGAUGGAUUUCUUUUUUGAUAGGAGCUCUUUUAACCUUUCUUAGUGGCACUCAUUAUGCUUAUUCCUCUAUUUCUCCAACGAUUAAGAAUGAUUUAAAUUUUUCACAAACUCAAGUCAACCUAAUUGGAACAGCAGCCAAUGUUGGAACUUAUUUCGCACUUCCAGUUUCCAUGCUCAAUGAUUUCAUCGGUUCGAGAGUGACAUGUGUCAUUUCUGGAAUUUUACUCUUCUCAGGGUAUUUCGCUUUUUAUUUGAUGUAUAUUAAGGCGAUUCCCUUAAAUGGUUCUGACGCUUACAUCUUUAUUGCUUGCUUUAUGGCCAUCAUGGGACAAGGAAGUGCCGGUGCCUAUGCAGCCGCGAUUACAACAAAUAUUAAAAAUUUUGAAGAAAAACACCGAGGAAAAAUUAUUGGAUUUAUGGGAAGUUGUGUGGCAUUGAGUAGUGCUGUAUUUAGUUUGAUUUAUAGUGUGGGAUUUGAAAGAAAAUUGGGAGAGUAUUUGUUGUUUGUUGGAGUAUUUGCAGGAGGUGUCACUACUGUGUUAGGAACUUUGUUUAUGAAUCAAAUUGGAAUUAAAAAGAGCUCGGAAAAUUCUUCCAAGAAUGGAAAUGUGGAAGAUCGUUGGUUGAUGGAAGAAGAGGGAGAUGAUGUCAAAAGUUUUGUGCAUGAUGAAGAUUUAGAGGAUGGGGAUGUGGAACAGAUUAAUGAUUUUUUAAUGAUGGGAAAUGACAAGAUGGCAUUAGAAAAUAAUGAUUUACCAAAAGAAGAAAAUAAGAAUUGUAGUUCAUCUCCCCAUCAAGAAGAGGACCAUUCAGUACUAUUAUUGGAACAUAAAGAAUCUCAUGAACAAACAGUUCAACCACAAGAGUUGAUCAUGAAUGUAACAUCAACACCAAUGCUUCAAAACUCUGAAUGUGAUUUAGAGACAAGUGACAUUUUGGAAGACAAGUUAGAGAAACGAGAAGAGGAAAUUCAAGUAGAAAUUGAACAAGUGGAAGCCAUAGAAAACGAAAAGCUCAAAACUGCAGACCACUUGUCAGAAAAUCCUCUCUUAUUACCUCAAAUGGAAAAGAAACUCGAAUCCAAAUUUGACAAGAUUUGGAGUAUCGCUCAAAAACCCAUUCCAAACGCAAAUCCCAUCCAAAUGCUCUUCGCUCUCGAUUUCUAUCUCACCUUCUUCAUUUACUUUGCAUGCAUAGGAAGUGGACUUGUCAUUGUCAAUAAUUUAGGAUCCAUUGUCAUUUCAUAUGGAGGUUACGAUGGUCAACAACACGUCAUGGUCAUUAUUUUCGCAUGUUCAAAUGCACUUGGAAGAUUACUUUUUGGAUUCAUCAGUGAUUCAUUCAGUCGAUAUGUGACUCGUACGACUUUUUUGACAGGAGCUUCCAUUCUCAUGUUAAUUUGUCAAUUGGUGGUAUUAGUCUCUCCCUUAUGGAUGUUUUAUUUGAUUUUAAUUUUAUUGGGAACAUCAUUUGGAGGAGUGGCAGUCAUGAUUCCAUCCUUCCUUUCCGAGAGAUUUGGUCCAAAAUAUUUUGCAGUGAAUUCUUCGAUUUGUAGUUUAGCAAGUUCGUUGGGAAGUUUUUUGUUGGCAACUCUUGUGGCCGGUAAGGUGUACGAAAGUAAUAUUGCGAGUGACAACUUGUCAAAAAUUUGUUAUGGCAUUUCAUGUUUCCAGGUGACGUUCUAUUUGACCACUUUGUUGUGUUCCAUUUCAUGUGUGGCAUGUAUUUUGUUAAUGUAUCGAACAAGAGGUCUCUAUCAAAUAUUGUAUUAUAGAAAAGUUCUCAAUUUGAAUCAUGAUCCAGUGAUGGCCAAGUAA